GCCGCGAAGUCCCAUGCUCAGCGCGACCCUCAGGAGCGCUCGCCGGCCGUCCGUGGCCGCCUGCUGCAGAUUGAGGCGGCCAGCUGCGUCGGCGCGCGCCUUCUCGGCGGAGCCCGCGACCGACAAGCUCGUCAUCUUCGACACGACGCUGCGCGACGGCGAGCAGUCUCCCGGCGCGACGCUGACUGAGUCGGAGAAGGUCGAGAUUGCGAAGCAGCUGUCGCGGCUGGGCGUGGACGUGUGCGAGGCGGGCUUUCCGAUCGCGUCGGAGGGCGACUUCGCGGCCGUCACGCAGGUCGCCAAGACGUCGGGCCAGCUCACCGACGGCCGGCGAAGCGGGCAGCCGAUGCGGAUCGCCGGGCUCGCGCGCGCGAACAAGAAGGACCUGGAGCGGUGCUACGAGGCGGUGCGGCACGCGCCGCUCCACCGGAUACACACCUUCCUCGCCUCCUCCGACAUCCACCUCGAGCAUAAGCUCGGCAUCUCGCGCGCAAAGUGCGUCGAGAUCUCCUCGUCGAUGGUCGCUUUCGCAAAGUCGAUGGUCGACGACAUCGAGUUCUCGCCCGAGGACGCCGGGCGGUCCGACCCCGCCUUCCUCGUCGAGCUGUGCGAGGCCGUCAUCGAGGCGGGCGCCACCACCAUCAACUUGCCCGACACUGUCGGCUACACGCUGCCGGACGAGUACUCGUCGCUCUUCGCGCACCUGAUCGCAAACGUCAAGGGCGCAGACCGCAUCAUCUGGUCCACCCACUGCCACAACGACCUCGGCCUCGCGACUGCAAACUCGCUCGCCGCCGUCGAGGUGACCCUCAACUCGCUGGGCGAGCGCGCGGGCAACACAUCCCUCGAGGAGGUUGUCAUGGCGCUGCGCACGCGGCCGCACCUCUUCCCGGUCCACUGCGACAUCGAGACGAAGCAGAUCAUGCGCACGUCCAAGAUGGUUGCGACGUACACCGGCAUCGCCGCCAACAAGGCCAUCGUCGGAGCGAACGCGUUUGCACACGAGUCGGGCAUCCACCAGCACGGCAUGCUCAAGCACGCGGCCACGUACGAGAUCAUCACGCCCGAGUCGGUCGGGGCGGACAGCUCAAACAUGCUGGUGCUGGGCAAGCAUUCGGGCAAGGCCGCCUUCCGCGCGCGGCUGAUCGAGCUCGGGUCCAGGCGGUGCAGGAGAAGGCGUGGGAGCUGCUCUCGUGCUCGGUGCAGUCCAACUCGGAGAACCACGGCCACAAGGUCUCCUCGACGGCGACGGUGCGGCUGCACGAGGUCAGCACCGGCACAGAGCACGCCGUCGCCGCCAUCGGAGCCGGCCCCGUCGACGCAACCUUCAAGGCCAUCCUGCGCAUCAUCGGCCGGCCCAUCGAGCUCAAGCAGUACAACGUGACCAAGAUCCACGGUGGCUCGGGCGGGCCGGGCAACGACGCGCUCGCCUCCAUCAACCUGCACAUCGCGCCGCGCGAGGUCGGCGACGCGGGCUUGCCCGGGUACGAGGCGCCCGACCCGUCCUUCCCGGGACACCACGGCGCUAUCUACCGCGAGGGCGCCAACGGCGCGCCCGAGCUCGUCAACGCCGAGACCUUCGAGGGGCGCAAGCCCGCCGUCGCAACCUACACGGGCUCCGGCUCCUCCACCGACAUCGUCGUCGCGUCGGCGCAGGCGUACCUCGGGGCGAUCAACAAGCUGAUUGAGCGCGAGCCCGCGCCGGCGGCGAGCACCUCCUGCCGCGACUACUCGACCGUCGUGACGCCCUCGCAGAGCCAGGAGGCCGCGUCCGCCAUGGGGGCAUAGCUGCCACACGUCGACUGUACGGGGCGGGGGCCCACCAGCUGUCGGCCGGCGACGGUUGCAACGCUUGCCGGUGGCGAGGCGCUGCAUGCGCCUCUCGCAUGACUCUUACACGAGCGCCGCACUCACAUCAACGACCCGGCCGCAUGCUUGCCCCCACGCGAACGCGUUUUCUGUCUCUUACGACUACGUGGCGACUGCGGACUGGCGGUCCGCUGCAGGCCAUAGCCCAUACGUCCCGGGUAAAACGCGGCCGGGGAGUUUGUAAGUACUGCUCUACGCAUACAGCACAUGCGCAUCACA